AUGGAGAGGGAGAGGGGGUUAGAAAACCAGGAGGACUGGAUGGAGCCUGGAGAGGAAUGGGUUUAGAACAGGAGGACUGGGCUGGAGCGGGCGGAUAGGGGGUUAGAACAGGAGGACUGGGGCCUGGAGAGGGAGGAGAGGGGGGGUUAGAACAGGAGUACUGGGUCCUGGAGAGGGAGGAGAGGGGGUUAGAACAGGAGGACUGGGUCCUGGAGAGGGAGGAGAGGGGGUUAGAACAGGAGGACUGGGGCUGGAGAGGGAGGAGAGGGGGGUUAGAACAGGAGUACUGGGGCCUGGAGAGGGAGGAGAGGGGGUUAGAACAGGAGGACUGGGGCAUGGAGAGGGAGGAGAGGGGGGUUAGAACAGGAGAGUACUGGAGCCUGGAGAGGGAGAGGGUGUUUAGAACAGGAGUACUGAGUCCUGGAGAGGAGAGGGGGUUAGAACAGGAGUACUGGGGCCUGGAGAGGGAGGAGAGGGGGUUAGAACAGGAGGACUGGGGCAUGGAGAGGGAGGAGAGGGGGUUAGAACAGGAGUACUGGGGCCUGGAGAGGGGGUUAGAACAGGAGUACUGGGGCCUGGAAAGGGAGGAGAGGGGGUUAGAACAGGAGUACUGGGGCCUGGAGAGGGAGGAGAGGGGAUUAGAACAGGAGUACUGGGGCCUGGAGAGGGAGGAGAGGGGGUUAGAACAGGAGUACUGGGUCCUGGAGAGGGAGGAGAGGGGGUUAGAACAGGAGUACUGGGGCCUGGAGAGGGGGUUAGAACAGGAGUACUGGGUCCUGGAGAGGGAGGAGAGGGGGUUAGAACAGGAGUACUGGAACCUGGAGAGGGAGAGGGGGUUAGAACAGGAGGACUGGGGCCUGGAGAGGGAGGAGAGGGGGUUAGAACAGGAGUACUGGAGCCUGGAGAGGGAGAGGGGGUUAGAACAGGAGGACUGGGGCUGGAGAGGGAGGAGAGGGGGUUAGAACAGGAGGACUGGGGCUGGAGAGGGAGGAGAGGGGGUUAGAACAGGAGUACUGGAGCCUGGAGAGGGAGAGGGGGUUAGAACAGGAGGACUGGGGCUGGAGAGGGGUGGAGAGGGAGGAGAGGGGGUUAGAACAGGAGGACUGGGGCUGGAGAGGGAGGAGAGGGGGUUAGAACAGGAGUACUGGGGCCUGGAGAGGGAGAGGGGGUUAGAACAGGAGGACUGGGUCUGGAGAGGGAGGAGAGGGGGUUAGAACAGGAGUACUGGGGCCUGGAGAGGGAGAGGGGGUUAGAACAGGAAUACUGGGGCCUGGAGAGGGAGAGGGGGUUAGAACAGGAGGACUGGGGCCUGGAGAGGGAGAGGGGGUUAGAACAGGAGUACUGGGGCCUGGAGAGGGAGAGGGGGUUAGAACAGGAGGACUGGGGCCUGGAGAGGGAGAGGUGGUUAGAACAGGAGGACUGGGGCCUGGAGAGGGAGGAGAGGGGGUUAGAACAGGAGGGGGUGUUGGAGGGGGUGAAGGUGUGUGUGUGUGGUAGUAGCAGUAGUAACGUUCACUCAACAAUGACAGACAGACAAUCCACUGUAGAGUUAGACAGUGAUGUAAAAAUACUUUAAAGUACUACUGAAGUAGAUUUUUGGGGUAUCUAUGCUUUACUGUACUAUUUAUAUUUUUUACAACUUUUACUUUUACUUCACUACAUUCCUAAAGUAAAUAAUGUACUUUUUACUCCAUACAUUUUACCUGACACCUAAAAGUACUUGUUACAUUUUGAAUGCUUAGCAAGACAGGAAAAUGGUCCAAUUGACACACUUAUCAAGACAACACAUGUUCAUCCCUUCUGCCUCUGAUCUGGCAGACUCACUAAACACAAAUGCAUCUUUUGUAAAUGAUGUCUGAGUGUUGGAGUGUGUCCCUGGCUAUCCAUACAAUUUAAAAACAAGAAAAUGGUGCUGUCUGCUUUGCUUCAUAGAAGGAAUUUGAAAUUAUUUAUUCUUUUACUUUUGAUACUUAAGUAUAUUUUAGCAAUUACAUUUACUUUUGAUACUUAAGUAUAUUUAGAACUAAAUAAUUUUAGACUUUUACUCAAGUAUUAUUUUACUGGGUGACUUUUACUUUGACUUGAGUAACUUUCUAUUAAGGUAUCUAUACUUUUAUUCAAGUAUGACAAUUGGGUACUUUUUCCCCCACUGGAGUUAGAGUACAGAAUGUGGAUUGGGUGUGAAGUAUGUGUAGAGGUGAUGACAAGUCUAUACUCUCCAGGCUGGUUGGUCGACUGAUACAAGGAGGGAGUGGUUUAGUGUUGACAUUGGCACACACCCAAAUACUUAUUUUAUGAACAAAUGCCUUUAUAAUGUAGGUGUUUUAGCUACAUGUUUGUGUUGCAUGUAGUUAACUGUAUUGUGCCGAUAUAGGUGGGUAUAUAUCUGGGAGUGGUUUAAAUAAACUACAGAGAGUUUCACACACAAUACCUGCCAGGUUCACCAGUUGCAGGUCAGGUCUGAUCAGAGUGCUGUAAGGCUGUCUGUUCCCCAUCUCAACCCAGUUACUGUGGCUGUAGAAAUCCUGGAGAGACAGUCACAAUCAACUCAACAGUAUCAGUACAAUCAACUCAACAGUAUCAGUACAAUCAACUCAACAGUAUCAGUACAACCAACUCAACAGUAUCAGUACAAUCAACUCAACAGUAUCAGUACAAUCAACUCAACAGUAUCAGUACAAUUAACUCAGUCUUCAUCAUCUCCCUCUCUCACCUGUAGUAUGUGUGCAUGCGUGCUUGUGUCUGUGUCACCUGUACUGUGAUAGACACCUUCACCUGUAGUGUGACAGACUUUCACCUGUAUUGUGAUAGACACCUUCACCUGUAUUGUGAUAGAAACCUUCACCUGUAUUGUGAUAGACACCUUCACCUGUAGUGUGACAGACACCUUCACCUGUAGUGUGACAGACUUUCACCUGUACUGUGACAGACACCUUCACCUGUACUGUGACAGACACCUUCACCUGUACUGUGAUAGACACCUUCACCUGUACUGUGACAGACACCUCACCUGUACUGUGACAGACAACUUCACCUGUAUUGUGACAGACAACUUCACCUGUACUGUGACAGACACCUUCACCUGUACUGUGACAGACACAUUCACCUGUACUGUGACAGACACCUAA